UCCCUCUCGACCUCCAGGUGGGCCUCCAGCAUGACCUUCUGGCAGGAGAACUACGGCUUCGUCAAGGAGGUCUAUGACUUCCGGUGUUCGAAGUAUCUGGAAUGGAUGGACAACAUCGAAGCUAUCAUCGGCAAGGUGAUGGCUAACACCCAGUACACCGCUAAGGAGUUCAAGAUUAUCAAGGACACCUUCACUUCACUAUGUCGAGACCUGGACAAGGAAGGCACCAAGUCGUGGCUAGACAUGAUGCUGGAGAAGUUGUCUGCCCACAGCAGCGAGGGAGAGGAGAACCUUUCUGGACGCGACAAGGCUGUGAAGGCGCAGGAGAAGAAGAAGCUGGAGGCUAUGAUAGAGCGCCACACCGGGCUCAUGGGACCUACCAUGGAGGCACAGAGUAAAGUAGACCACUACUCAGAAUGCUACGCCUUCGGUGAUGACAUUCACCCGGUGAUGAAGGUCCUGAACGAGCAGCGGCACUUGUCUUGCAAGGAGAUACACCCACACAACAUGGACAUGUGUGAGGAGCAGAUCGACAAGCAAGAAAAGGUGCUGAGGACCAUAGAGAACCAGGCACCUAUCUACAAUGAGCUGAUGAGGCGAGGGCUGAAACUCAAGGCCAAUCCCAACGCUCCCUCCUUUCUGGAGAGGGAAAUCAAGAAACUGGAGGAGACUUGGAAGGACACCAACGAGAAGGCUCAGGAGCGCAUCAACCUGCUCAAUGAUGCGUUCAAAGACUGGGAAAUAUACGAGCAGCAACGGCAAGCUAUAUAUACCCCUAUUGAAGCCUUGGAAGAGCAAUACAAGACCUACAAAAGAAUCUACGACCCCAAAAAGGGAACGGACUGGCUGGAGAGAAAGAAGAAGAAGGCAGAAGAAUUCAAGAAGACAGGCUUGGAGAUCUACGAUAUCAUCAAGAAGAGUUUUACCACCAUCAUCACUCUGGCCGGUGACGACAAGCGUGAGUUCAUGGAGAAGGAUAUUAUUGAGAUCGAUGAGAGAAGAACCAUCUUCGAGAAGGUGGACAAGAUGCUGGCUGAGCUGACCGAGUUCAACCAGAAGCUGCACAAGUUCGUCAACACAUUGGCGGAGCUCCGCGCCUGGAUGAUGCCUGCCUGUGAGAAACUCAAUUUCAUCACCACCUCCACCGAUCUCUCUCCCGAAGACCGUGUUAAGGAGAUAUUUGAUCUUCAAGGACAAGUCAACGAGAGACUGCCACUGUUGGAGCCAUUAGAAGCAGAGGCCCACGCCCUUCUUGACCGUAACCUAGUACAGCCUGAGAAACCUGAGGAAGGACAGACCAACGAGACGGCCCUGGCCCACAUGAGGGAAUUCCACACAAUCAAAGAGACUAUCCAAGACCUCCAUGAAAAGGUGGAGAUGGAGGCCGGCUCCAUCACCCAGGACCAGAAGUACUUCGCUGAAUACCUCUACGGCGUCAAAAACUUCAAGCCCUGGAUGGAGGAGGCUGAGACUGUCAUCAAGACCCAGCUGAAUAAGCCCAAGCUCGAAGAUGCUAAAGCCCUUCUGGAGGAAGUGAAGAAGUUUGAGACGGCGUGCCAGGAGAACAAGGGCAAGCUGGACGCUGCCUCGGAGUCCAGGUCGAAAAUGGAGAAGCAGACGAAGGCAGACAACGAGGUGGAAACACUAAAUGGUCGGUGGAGCCUGGCUAAGAAGACAGCUGACGAACGAGUGGCCAAGGUGAGCAGCAGGGGACUGCUGGCCAAGUUUUACCCUGGAAGGUGACCGGCGGUGAUAGUG